AUGGACUUAAUUGCAGCAGAUGAGCCUGCCUACCUGACAGUGGGAACUGAUGUCAGUGCCAAGUACCGUGGUGCCUUCUGCGAGGCAAAGAUUAAGACAGUGAAAAGGCUUGUGAAGGUCAAGGUGGUCCUGAAGGGGGAUAACUCAACUCAGUUGGUGCAAGAUGACCAAGUGAAAGGACCUCUAAGAGUUGGUGCAAUGGUUGAAACCAAAAUGCCUGAUGGAUCCUUUCAAGAAGCUGUUAUCAGCAAGUUGACAGAUGCUAGUUGGUAUACUGUAGUUUUUGAUGACGGUGAUGAGAGGACCUUGAGACGAACUUCGUUAUGUUUAAAAGGAGAAAGGCACUUCGCAGAAAGUGAGACACUUGAUCAACUGCCACUAACCAACCCAGAGCACUUUGGAACUCCAGUUAUUGGGAAAAAGUCUAAUAGAGGAAGAAGAUCUUCUCUUCCUGUUACUGAAGAUGAAAAGGAAGAAGAAAGCAGUGAAGAAGAGGAUGAAGAUAAAAGACGUCUAAAUGAUGAAUUGCUUGGUAAAGUUGUGAGUGUGACUUGCAGUUCUGAGAAGACAGACUGGUAUCCGGCUUUGGUUGUGUCUCCCAGCUGUAAUGAUGACGUCACAGUGAAAAAGGACCAGUGUUUAAUUCGAUCCUUCGCAGAUUCCAAAUUUUACUCAGUAGCAAGAAAAGACAUUAAAGAACUGGAUGUUCAAAACUUACCAAAAUCUGAGUCCUCUCCUAAAAAAGGGCUACAGGAGGCAAGCAUGUUUCUCAGCACUAAGAUUGUUCCUCGGAACUGGAAAAUGGAUAUAAGUGAAAUCCUAGAGUCCUCGAGCAGUGAUGAGGAAGAUGGAGCUGCUGCAGGAACUGAUGAAGAGGAAUUAAAAAGGGAAGAGAAAACUGAAGAAGUAGUGCCUGAGGAAGAGCUUGAUCCUGAAGAGAGGGACAACUUCCUCCAACAGCUUUACAAGUUUAUGGAAGACAGAGGUACUCCUAUCAAUAAACCACCUGUUCUGGGCUACAAGGACCUUAAUCUCUUCCAACUUUUUAGACUAGUGUAUCAGCAGGGUGGGUGUGACAAUAUUGAGAGUGGUGCUGUAUGGAAGCAAAUUUAUAUGGACCUUGGCAUUCCUAUUUUGAACUCGGCUGCUUCCUACAAUGUAAAAACUGCUUAUAGAAAGUAUCUUUAUGGUUUUGAAGAGUAUUGCCGUUCUGCAAACAUUCAGUUUAGGACCAUCCAUCACAAUGAACCAAAAGUAGUAGAAGACAUAAAGAAACGUAUGGAACCAAUGGAGGAAAGUGUGAAGGAGGAACAAAAAAUGCCCCCAACAGAAGUUAAAAAAGAAGCAGAAGAAAAUUAUUCCAGCAGCGAAAGUGAAAAAGAAGAACCAGAACUAAGAUCCCCAAGGGGACGAAGAAGACUUACCCGUGAUGCAACCCCAGCUAAAAAAGAUAGUGAAGAGGAUAAAACACAAGACAAAUUAAAAGACAGUAACAAGGAAAAUAAAGAUAUAGAGGAAAUCCCUGAGAAUGCAGAGAAGAAAGAAAAUGAAACUCCACUAGGGAGAAAAAGUACACCAAAGCAAAAAGAGAAAAAAAUUAAAAAACAGGAGGAUUCUGACAAAGAGUCAGAUGAAGAGGAAGAGAGGCAGAGGGAGAGGGAGGAAAUUGAGAACAAAGGAGAAUCAGAAUGUGAAGAGGAUGAGGAGGAUGCAGAACCCUGCCUGACUGGAACCAAAGUGAAAGUAAAAUAUGGACGUGGAAAGACUCAAAAAAUCUAUGAAGCCAGUAUUAAAAGCACAGAAAUUGAUGAUGGAGAAGUUUUAUAUUUAGUUCACUACUAUGGUUGGAAUGUAAGAUACGAUGAAUGGGUGAAAGCUGAUCGGAUUAUCUGGCCUGUGGACAAAGGAGGACCAAAGAGAAAACAGAAGAAAAAAACAAAAAAUAAAGAAGACAGUGAGAAGGAUGAGAAGAAGGAUGAGGAGAAACAAAAAUCAAAGCGUGGGCGACCCCCUCUGAAAUCUACUCUUCCAUCCAACACGUCCUGCAGUUUAUCCAAAACACCUACUAGUGAAGGUAAAUCAGGAGCCAGAAGUGCACGGAACAACUUGUCAGAUUCCUCACCAUUACCAAAUGGAACAGAAGACUCUGGCUCUUCUGACAGUGAAGCAGAUGAAUCAUCUGAAAAGAAUCUGAAUGAAGAAUUUUCUCCAGAAACUUCAGAAUUGGAUAAAAGUGAAAAGCUACAUGAUGAGAAGCUAGAUGAAGAAAACCCAAAGAUUCCUCAUGCACUGAAAGAAAAUGACAGGACUCAAGUACAGCCACUAGAAACACUGAAACUGGAAGUUGAAGAAAGUGAACAAAUUGUUCAGACUUUUGGAAAUAAAACAGAGCAAACAGAAGAAAUCAAAAGAGAGGCUGAAAAAUCACCUAAAAGUAAAGGGAGAAGGAGCAAGACAAAAGAUCUGUCUUUAGAGAAUGCCAAGAUUUCACCAGGAAGCCAAGAAGAGGUUGCAAAUGAACCUCUUGCAGAACCUGAAAGAUUAGACAUGUCUUCUUUGGACUGUAAAGAAAUUUCCAGCACUACUGAAAGUGAAAUGGAACCUUCUACAAAAGAUAAGAAGCUUUUGAAAAGGAAAACUUUAGAACAGGCAUCACCUGAAAAGAGAAAUCGACGACAGAGUGAGAUGGAAGUGCCAAAUAUUGUAUCUGAAGAGAGGACCAAUGAAUGUACUGGAGCAGAAGAAUGUAGAGGGCUGAAUGCUGAAGAGUCCCUCAGAACGGAAAAUGAGGAAAUGCCAUCGCUGGUGGCAGAAUCGGUUCAGCACACUCAAGAGCUGAGAAAUGACAUCUCUGAAUGUCCUUCUGAAGAAAAUGAGAAUGUUCCCUUAAAAGAUGAGGAUGAUGCAAUGCCUCAGAUUGGUCCUGAAACACUGCUGUGCCAUGAAGUAGACUUGGAUGACUUGGAUGAAAAGGAGAAAAGCAGUAGUGAAGACAUCAUAUCAGAAAAGCCAGGUCCUAAUGCUUCAAAUCCAAAUCUGUCUGCCUUACCCGCUGCCAUCCAGUCAAGCUUUUCAGUGAUCUCGCCUCUUACGCUUAGCCAGGAUGAAUCACGCAGUAUCAAGAGCGAAAGUGACAUGACGAUUGAAGUCGACAGUGUGGUGGAAGAGUCUCAAGAAGGUCUCUGUGAAAGCGAGUCUGCUAAUGGAUUUGAAGCCAGUACUACAUCAAGCACCUGUAGUCUAUCUGUGCAAGAAAGAGAGAUUGGAGAGAAAGGUCAAAAAAGACCCAGUGAUAGCAAUAGUGGAACACUGGCAAAAAAACAAAAGCGUACCCCAAAGCGAACAAGUGCUGCAGCCAAAAAUGAAAAGAAUGGAACAGGACAAAGUAGUGACAGUGAAGAUCUUUCUGUCCUAGACAGUUCAAGUAAAUGUACUCCUGUAAAACACAUAAAUGCAUCCAAACCACAGAAGAUUUCCCGAUCACCUGCAAGAGUCAUUUCGCCUCACAUCAAAGACGGAGAGAAGGAUAAACACAGAGAAAAACACCACCACCAGAAUGCUUCAUCUAGAGUAUACAAAUGGAGUUUCCAGCUCAAUGAACUAGACAAUAUGAGCAGCACUGAAAGGAUCUCCUUCUUACAAGAAAAACUACAGGAAAUACGAAAAUACUACAUGUCCUUGAAGUCAGAAGUAGCAACCAUAGACAGGAGAAGAAAACGAUUAAAAAAGAAGGACAGAGAAGUGUCACAUACAGGAGCAUCCAUGUCAUCUGCUUCAUCAGACACUGGAAUGAGUCCAUCAUCAUCUUCUCCUCCACAGAACGUGCUUGCUGUAGAAUGCAGGUGAUGCACGUUUCUCUGCCUUGCCAGCAUCUUGCUGCCAUGGACAUGUAUCCUGAAAUACAACCACAGAAAGCACUCAACUGCUUUGACAUUGCCAAGUAUAUUCUGUACACACUUCCACUGCUGGGACUGUACCUGUUCUUCCCUCCUACUCCCUUCUUUUGUUUAAUUUACUGUUCAGAGAAAUUAAGCUCAUUGGUAAUUGAAGGUUUGUAGGCACAAUGUGACAUGCUUGUCAUUGUGUUUGGUUUUGUUUUGUUUUUAUUAAUGCAGAGAAAGGGCACUUAUCAAAUUUGAAAAGUUAUAUCCAAUGAAGCAUUCAGGUGUUCUAGGGAGCUCUUAGAAAAGCAAGUGCACCAAGCAGACAUGAGAGUAUUAUCAAAAAGAAUUGAGUAACUGCUGCACUUUCGCCGAGCUGUACAUUAACUCUUGGUGAGUAGUUCCUUUUUGUGGAAGCACUUGCUAUGCAGAACUGCCAAAGUACGUGUUCAGCAAUGUGCCCAGUUUUAAAGGUGUAAAUGGGACAAAAUAAAUUGUGAAAGGAAGUGUAGUUGACUGAAAACUACAGUUGUAAUAAGUCUUCCACUUUUUAUAGGAUUUUUGAGCACACAAUUAUGCAAAUAUUUUAAUGUUUAUUAAUGUUUACAGUGGAAUUGUGAAUAGGUUUUCAGUGGACUAUCUUAUCCCUUGACAAAAAUAUUUUGUCUUUUUUCUAUGUAAUUUCAGAGUUUUUAUUUUGUUACAAAAAGACGAAAAAUGAAAUAUAUAACAACAGUGAAGUUAUUUAACAAGAUUUCUAAAGCUGAAAUUUUUGUGUAAAAUAAGGUAUCUUGCAACUUGUUAAAUAUAUUUAUUCAGACAUUGGAUGUUGUAUUUUUAUGUAUUUUUUAAAAUAUUAAUAAAAUUAGAAAAAAAAAAUUCUAGGUCACUUCACUCAUUCGAUAAAACAUAUGUAUCAGUUACAGCUGUUAAGGAUGUUUUAUCCAGUAGCCAUGCCUGUAUUUCAAAUGGGUCUGUUGAUGUAGCAUCCACAACAUAGGUCUGUCUGCAGGCAUCUGGGUAAAACUAUGACUUUAUUUGGAAACUUUGGCAGUCCUAGUACUUAUGUUGUUUUGAGGAACAAAAUUUAUUGGGUUGCCCUUAAGAUACUUUGUCACAAGUUCUUAUGUUUGCUGUACUGCCGAAUGGAUUUGCAUCUCCCAAAGUCGAGAUGCAACAAUAAAGUAAAGCAACUGUGUAUGCUUUGUCUGUGGAUUGUCCCACGGACAGAAAGUUUGUAAAUAACUCUUCCAAACCCAUGUAUUUAAAACAGUUUGCAUAUACAUUAUGUAUAAAAGUGAUUUUUUUAUCAAUUUUUUUAUUCAUGUUUGUACAUUGAAAGGGGUUCUUAACCCCUUUUUCUGUGUUAAAUAUACUGUAGAGUAAUAACAUAGAUGCUCUAGACUGUAUAUCGGGAUAUUCUGGUUCACAUGGCAGAAGGUCAGAACGAAACACUAGUGAUGGCAUAGCAUUACUAAAGUUGAUGUUUCUUGAAAUCUCAUUUUACAACAUUUGUCAACUUGUGAUUCCAAUUUCUUCCAUUUUUGCAGAAAAUUAAAGAAAAAGUACUCUUGUAAAUGCACUUUUUCUGUCUUUUCUUAAGCAAAGCAGAACUAUUUCAAUGUAAGAUAAAUAUGGAGCUCUCUAGACAGCAUUAAUAAAGGCCAUGUUUUAAACAUA